GGGGGGGGAGAGAAAAAAAAAACUCAACAACUCCAUGCAGCCUCUGUGAGCUUUGCACAUGAAACGCAGAGAAUCCAAAGUUUCCUGAGCUGGGCUUGAAUCCAUGUUCGUCUCGUCCGUGUUGCAGGGAAAGUGCAGUCAGGCUGAGUUCACGGUGCGGCGGUGUUUCUCUGAACUUUUCCAGCUUUGACGCCUCGUGCUCUUGCGCAAAAGAGAAAAAAAAGAAAAAAAAGCGCGACAGGAUUUAACGUGUUUGCGCUGCGUUUUAGGAGAAAAUGCGCCGCGCUUGGAAACUUUCUCAAUGGAUUUUUACCCGAGUGAACUUCUGCUGUAAGGAAUAAUCUCCCUCUCACACUGGAUUUAUUUCACCUUAAGGGGAGCUAAAGCGACGGAAGCACGGACUUCAGAUGUGUCCCAUGCCAGCGAGAGUGGCCCUUAAGUCCCAGGAUGGAUUCCAGAAGCCAGAGCGACAGCGAUGGGGGAGGAGGACACCGCGGACAGUCGCCGGGCUCACCGCAUGACGAAGGGGGACCGCAGCCGCGGCCUUCGCAAACUCGGGCCGAUUCGCCAGAUCCCGGGCUGAUCAAUGGGCAGCCACCCCAAGCUCCAGCAGUGCUGUCUCUGGAGCAGAUCAGGAUCACUGGGAGUUGUAAUGAGUACACAGAAGGGCCCACGGUCACCCAAAGAUCCCCAGCCUCUCAACAGAAGGACAGCUUGGUGUCGUCUCGUGGCACAAGGACAAGCAGGCAGCAGGAGACUCAAGAGGAGGGCCUUAAUAAUCUCCGCAACCUGCAGUCAUUGAUUCAACAUGGAAACACAAGCACUCCCAUCUCUUCCAGCGAGACCUUGUUGCAUUCGUCCACUGCGGAGGAGACCCAGAGUAUCGUCAGGACCAGCUGGGGGAGCGCCUCUUCGGGCCACAUCAUCAGAACCCAGCCGAAACGCGAGGAGCUGAUUCCAGAGGAGCUGAAACCCCUGAACGACGCGUCCAGAGUGGUGGCGGCCUUAGAAAAUGUCAGUAAAGAGUCAAGCAAGUGUGAGAACUGUGGCCGGUGCCAAUGCUCCGAGUGCACCAGCGCCCGGGUGCUUCCCUCCUGCUGGAUGUGCGGCCGCCGGUGCGUGUGCUCGGCACACAGCGCCGUGGAGUACGGGACGUGCGUCUGCUGCAUCAAGGGCCUCUUCUACCACUGCUCCAGCGACGACGAGGACACGUGUGCCGACAAGCCCUUCUCGUGCUCGCAGUCGCACUGCUGCAUCCGCUGGACCACCGUGUCGCUCCUCUCCCUGCUCUUCCCCUGCCUCCUGUGCUACCUCCCAGCGAAAGGUUGUGUCGCUGUGUGCCAGAGCUGCUAUGACCGAGUCUCGCGACCCGGCUGUCGGUGCAAGAACGCCAAACCAGUCCACUGCGAGGAUGGCGCCAAGCAAACGUAGACGUGGUGCUCGGAAAUUGCAGAAGGACGGAAAGACUCCGUGUCCCUGUAACCCUGCAGUGGAACGGUUUAGUAAUAAAACUAAAGACGCUGUUUCGGGGGAGUUUCUCGUCAUACACGCCCACCAGUUGCACUGCAAUACGAGUGUCACUUGACAGGUAAACCAAAAUAAGCGCUCCACGUGUUCAAAGGCACGAAGACAUCGUACUACUGUUUUGCCCCGAAAUAGAAUUCCCCGACAACACGUAACGGUGUUGGUGCUAAAUGCAUAGCCUCUGUUUUAACACGUAAUAUGACUUAAUAUGCUAAGAACACACUCCCGUUACUAACUGCAUGUAAAGUAGGAAAUGCAAAAGGCGACGUACGUUAGAAAGUGUUGAGAGUUGAGACAGAUGUUUUAUUUUUGUACAUAUAACAAUACUCUGACUGUGAAAAAUGUUCUGCCAUACCAGAGGCACCUUGAUAAAUUCAAUUUGUAUAUGAAUCAGUCACAUUCACUCAUGUUUGUACAUUCACUGGAAUGUAUGUCAAUCAUUUUUAUGUCAUUUACAAAGGAAAGCAAAUCUUAUCCCUUCUGCUUGUAUAUUGUACAGUGAUCUUUUAUCGGGGGAAAAAAAAAUACUAUUUUCUAAUUCCAACAUUGCUUAGUGUAAAGUUAAAAAAAAUAUAUAUUUAUUUGAAGGUUUAUUAUUUUAUAAUAAAAAAUAUUUAUUUUGAGAAAGCAUUGUUAAAGUGUCACCUUGCUCUGUGUUCGCUGCAGAAGGGAAGGGACCUGUAGGAGUGUCCGAGCCGGAUGAAUAAUUUUUAUUGUGAAAUAGACAAAUAUAUUAACGUUUGGAAUUAAACAACAUUGAAGUGUG